GAGAAAUCGCUCAAAAUCAAGAUGUUAAGCUAAUUCCAGAGACCGCUUCUCCUGACCAGGGACGGGGGGGGUACUUUUCCGCCUCGCUACUUUGGAACAGAAGGCCUGUAAAGCAACAUGGCCGAAGCGGGGGCGCGUAAAAGUGGAGAUGAACCCGGGAAAUUGCCGGAACAAGAAGAGGAAGAAGAAGAGGCGGAGGAGGAAUCCCAAGUUUUGCACGGAACAGGCCAUUGCAAGUGGUUUAAUGUGAGAAUGGGAUUCGGAUUUAUUUCCAUGCUCAACCGCGAGGGAAGCCCUUUGGAAUCUCCGGUUGAUGUCUUUGUACACCAAAGCAAGCUUUACAUGGAAGGAUUUAGAAGCCUAAAAGAAGGAGAACCAGUGGAAUUUACUUUUAAGAAAUCUUCCAAAGGCCUUGAAUCAAUACGGGUAACAGGUCCAGGUGGGAGUCCCUGUUUAGGAAGUGAGAGACGACCCAAAGGAAAAACAGUACAGAAAAGAAAGCCAAAGGGAGAUAGAUGCUACAAUUGUGGUGGCUUCGAUCAUCAUGCUAAGGAAUGUAUUCUACCUCCACAGCCAAAGAAGUGCCAUUACUGUCAGAGCAUCAUGCACAUGGUGGCAAACUGUCCGCUUAAAACUGUUCCACAGCAGCCCACGAGUUACCAGGGAAGAUACGAAGCUGACACCCAGCCCUCCACAUCAGCCUUCCUGAGGGAAGGAGGAGGAGGAGCCUAUGGCUACACUUCUCCAUCCUAUUCUCUGGAAGGAAGGCCGGAUAUCUUACAGCCUUCAGGAAAGUCACCUCAAGAAGCUGCUUCGAGUAAGUUUUCUCCGUCACCUGAAGAGCAAAGCCGGAAGGGACCGUCAGUUCAAAAAAGAAAAAAGACUUAAAAAGCUUUGUCACCGCCUUUCAUUACCUCUUGGGACGUCUACCUCAUUCAAGCACAAGGAGAAUUAAUCUCAUGUAUUAUCCUGCAACAAACCUCAAAUUUUUAACUACUGUUGUGGACCAGAGGUCUUUUGAAAACAAAAAACCAAAGCAAACCAGUCACUCCGAGUACAUUUCAGAUGAGUUUAAUGGCUAAUGGGUUUCUAAACAGUUUGGGCAUCAGGAUCUCAUGUGAUUUUUAAACUUAGCCUAAAUUAUUGUUGGGCAUAUAUUCCCCUCUUUUCCAGAGCAGCCCUAUAGAAUUAUGGAAGAUUAUGCUUCUUUUAGCUGCUUGAGUUCUCUGUGGUUUAUCUUAACCAUGUCUUGCUUGGGGGGGGGGGGGGAAUAAUUAUAGCAUUUGUUAAUUCUAAACAGCAAUUAAUAAGAAAUGGAAAUGAGUUUUUUUUUUAAAAAAAUUCACGGCCAUCCAAGGGCUGGGAAGCAGAACACUGACCCUCUGUGCACAGAAACUCAUUCCUGUCACAAUAAACCAUCUGAUAUUUUGAUGUACAGACUAGCCCAUUGCCUGAAUGUAUACAUUAAAUACUAUGUUUCUUGAAUUCAUGGGAAAGUAAUAGUUUGAGUUUUGAAUGGAUUUUUUUUCCUUAAUGUUGCCUUUUUUAAUUAUAAAAGAGGAAGAAGGGGAGGGAAAGAAUUGUAACCAUACUUUCCUAAGUAUAGAGUCACCAUGACCACGGUACUGAAUAGACCAACACAUCCUUGUAGAAUUCAGGGAAAUUGUAAUUCUCUCUGUGGAAAAGAUGGAGGAUGGAAGUUUUUAGUUCUUAGCUUGAAAGGGUAAUGCCUUGGUUUAAAGUUGCCUCAGAAUUGCCACAAAGUUUUAAAGAAUUAAAGGCGCUCCCCCAUUUUUCCCUGCCCUCCCCUUAGAUAAUGAAUGUGUUAUCUGAAAUACUGUAUCAACUCAAUAUGACUUAUAUACAGGUUAGGUGGUUGUAUGGGAGAAUGCAGAUGUUAAAAUAAUGAUUUAAAGUGAUAGUGAAAUGCCGUUUGGACUCCCCUUUUGCAAAACUUGAUGGGACUCAUCUUGUGCAAAUCGUGAGGAUUAUGAAAGUGAUGGUGGUGGCAGCAGUAGCAUCUCCCAAUUCAGUGUUCAUAUCACUGGACAGAUUUCUAUACACCUUUCUAAGAAAUGGGUCUUGGCCUUUUAACUUCCCAAAGAUCAAUAUUUGAUAUUUACAGUGCAAUCCUGUGUAAGAUCUCACUGGCCUCAAGCUCAAGAAAAAUUAGUAUAUAGGAUUGUCGUCUUAAACUUACUUAAUUGCUAUAUUAUGUAACAGUAAUUUCAGUCUGUGUACAUGCUGAAUUAUUUAAAAGCCUACAGAGUUGCCCAGGUGCUUGGCUUUUGGGGGAUUGAUUUUAUAAAUAGAGGUUAGAAAGCCAGUUAGCUGGUAAUACAUUUGUCCUGUCCCGAUCAUACGCACAUACACCACAAAUCUUUAUUGAGGCUUUGUCAUCCCUGAAUAGUAUUCUCCAGGAUUCACCUCACAGGAACCAGGGCAAAACCCAAUGAGUCCAAUUCUCAGCUGCUUGUCCGGUCACUCCUCCAACUUCUCUCCUCCUGCUCUUGCCCAUCCCUUCCUGACUCAUAGUCCCUUAGGUCUUCCAGACUUUCCUUAGAGCCCAAUCUGCAGUGAUGCCAGCUGUUCCUUGUCAUCUGAACUAGCUUCUGAGGCAUCCAUUAUAUUAUUCCCCACCAGCAUGGCCUGCCCCCCUGAUCUCCAUGGACCAAUUUCCAUGGGUGUCAGAGGUGGAACUAGCAGAUAAGAUAGGGGGCGUGCAUGGCCUCAGCAUCUUCCAAGGAUAUGUCCUUAGGGCCCAAACCCCUUCCAGUUGAUCAGGUACUGCAACCAUCUAGAGUCUAUGAUACGGGCCACCUCAUACUCCGGCUGGCCCUCUCUCAAGUUCCAGAAACCAGAUCUUCCUUGUGUCCAUGGUGACUUCUGCACCAUCCAUUACAAUAUUAUUUGGUCAGGAUCAAACUCUCAUAAUUUUUCCACUCUCCCAGGAAUGAGCUAAAAUCAAUUUCUUACCCAUUUCACCAAUUUUGGAGCAGCUGCCGCUGUUGAUACCUUCAAAGGACACAUGAGCCAGAUGUUAAUUCAGUCCCAUGGACCAUUGCUUCUUUCUUUUAAAAUUAAUCUUGAAGAAAUACUUGACCCCAUUUAUUUGGCAAAUUAAUGUAAAAGCAAAUAAAAGUAAAGAAGAUCUGAUUUCAUAAUAUAGUUUGAACCAAAUCUUCAGGUUUUCUUCAAUUAAGUCAUGGGGGGGUCCAACAUUUUGGCUUUCCUGAACUAAAUUGAGUGAAGAGGGAUUGUCUUUGGUCCUAUAUAAAAUAGAUAGCUUAGUUAAAGUAUAUAAAUCACAUAAUAAUGUUAAAAGUUUACAAUUUUGUGGGGCCACAUUACUUGCUCUCCAGAGCUGCAUGUGGCUUGUGGGCCAUAGAUUGGACACGCCUAGGUUAAGUCAUUGAGAAUCUCAGGUAGGCUCUGCUCAACCCACAGGAAAAACCUUCUCUAAACAUUGUUGAUCAUAUUGCUGUCACCACUAUCCCAUGUUCCUUCAGGAAAAUGACUCAGUGGCCUAAAAGUAGGCCCAACUCUGAUGAUGGAAAUUUGUUUGGAAUCCAUGGCAGUGCUGGAGGGAAAGAAGAAUCUUGGUGGUUUAUACUGAUGUUUUCAGUGAACUUCAGUGCAAAAUGGGGUGUUUUGGUUUUUUGGAUUUUGUUUUGUUUUUGUUUUGACGAUACUGAAUGUGAUGUAUGUAUAGAGAACUACUUCCUUGCCUUAUGCAAGGAUUGUAAACUUAUUUAAGUUAUGUAGACAAAUCGAAGUGGCAUUGCCUAAUCUUUUAGUAGGUAUAAUAACCGGGUUAUAAAACAGCAACAAUGGCAAGGGUAAAGGUCAUUUUGAAAAUAUAAACCAAAGUUUAUUGACCUUUUUUUAGAGAGUGAUAUGGAAAUGGUGGAUUUGAAAACUGGCCAUUCUCUGUUUAGCUACUUUAAAAUUCCAGAACUACUUUUUUUUCUUUUUGAGUGAAAUUAGUAAUUCCAGCAGCCACAGACUGAAUUGCUAAGAGAGCCUAGCAGACCUGUCUUAUUAUUAAAAGUUUACAUUUUAUUUUUGUAUAUUGGAGGAUGGUCACUAUUGCAAAAUAUCCUUCUCAGGACAAAGAACCUUGCUCAGGGAAAAUGGUAUGUAAUUAUUGUUUUUCUUUUACAGAUUGCUUGCUUGUUCAGAACAAACAAAAAUGCUUUGAUACUGCUAUGUACCGUGCUAUUAUAUACAUAUUAUGUGCUAAUGAUAAUAACUACCUCUAUUUACUAAUGAGUUUCUUAUGACUCAGAUAUCAACUUUUUGCAUAGUAUUUCCCAUGUACUGAAGUGAACACAUUACGAGCAUGGCUGACUUUCAGGGUUGUGGGCAGGGCAGUGUCUCCCUGUUCCUGAAUUUCUAAGCCACAUUGUUAGUAUAGGGAAGAAUAUAAUUAUUUCUGUUUACAGCAAACAACUACCUCAUUACUUACCACAGAAGCAAUACCUGCGUGUUGCUCUGGUCUUAAAUGUGGCUUUUGAUUCUAUGGUACAUACCUCUACUUUAAAAGAAAAAAAUUGCUUGUGCAACAUACACAUAUUACAAUGAUAUUUAGUUUUGAAAACGAUGCAUCUGUUUGAAAUGACAUGAGAGUCUCUCUUGAAAUUUAACUUUUUCUACCUGGUUGACAGAGAAAGAGGUGCUGUUGAUAUACCAGUAGGAAUUUUUUUUCCCCUCUUAAGAAAGAACCAACAUGUGGGAAUUAACUAUCUCAUUAUCUUCCAGCAAGAGAAUUGUUAGUUUUUUCUUUGCUCUCUGUUUAUAGAUAUAAUUAUCUGAUUAAAGCAAAUAAUAAGCAGUAAUGUUACAACCUAGCAGACUGCUAGUGAGAGUGAUACUAUAUUUAUCCCAUUUCAGUAUGUUUGCCAGUUUGUAAGGAACAUAGAACAGCCAUAUUGUUCCAAAAUAAUGCACUCCUGGGUUUCAUUGCUUUGAUAAUGGACAGACUCCAACAAGAAUUGGCUGCCCAAACCUGGGUUUUUGUCUGGCCUAAAUAAUCCCAUGGCCCAAAUCUGACCAUGGGUUUCAGCAUGCCUCCCUCAUUCCCCUCCUUGUCUCUCUCUGCAGACACAAGGGAAGAUGAGUGUGAUUUGUUAAAUCAUGCUUCCCAUUGGCACCUGAACCAGGUUUAAACAUCGUUUGUAAAACAAGAUCCAUUCCAAACUGGUGAACAGCAAUUAGACUGCAGUCUUGUAUGAUGUCCGAAUAAGAAGACUGAGUUAAUAAAUCACAGUUGCGGUUCCAUUGACUGCAAGAGUGGCCCAACUGAUGCCCCAACUGCAACCAUUCCUGGCCACCCUCUAUGUGAUGUGAACAGGAAAGGAUGAUUUGUGCACAGAGGCCUCCCAUCAAGGUAGAGAAAGGUGGGCAAUGAGAGAGCCCAAGAGGAGUGUCUGGAGAAACCUCUCUUCCCACCUCUUUGUCCUCAGAGUCGUGGUGAAGGUUACAGCCAAAGGCGAAAAAAUCCCCGAGAUGCUGGGAGCGCAACCCUACUUUCUUCCCUGAGGUGUAACUGCACAAAGUCAGUUUUACCAAGCUUUGGUUUAAGGACCUGCAAGCUUUAAGGCAUUUGCUUUGCUCUUUAACUUGCCCACCCUCAAAGCACAAGUGCAAAAUCCUAAGUAUUUGGCCCCACCCACUUUGAGCAUCACUAAACAAAUGCUAACGGUAUGUGUGCAAAUCCAGUUUGCACUUUUUAGCCCCCAGUAUAAAGACAUAAUAGCUGAGUAGAUCAACACUUAACUCUGUGAAAGUUUACUAAAUGGAUAAGGAAAAAAAAUACAUGAGCAAAAUUCAUGCUUGAAUGAUAGAUGCCAAUAUCUUUAAAGCUUUUAAGAGUUACAAUUUUACUGCAAAAUUAAAAUAUUUUAUUUUAAUAUUUAGGAAUUACUAUCGCUUUCAACAGCAUCCUGAACUCUUGUUGGCAUUGAGCUUUAUAAAACUUUUUUUGAACUUUCUAAUGUGACUAAGCCAAAACUUGAAACAGCAAGUCUGUCAUAUGAAUUGCAAUGGGAUUCUCACUUGCACAAAUGUUUUCUUUGUCUCCUUGCCCUAGAAUUGAGAUUCUUGUGCUCCAGAACUGGUCUCAUAUAGGAGCUGUGCAUACUUGACUAGCAACUUUAAAAAAAAAUCUCAGAGGGAAAAGAUAAGAGGACAAUUACUUAGGUGUUGUUUGAUUGUACAAUUAGCUCUGUAAGGAUGUGAUUCUUUUGCUAAAUACAGACUAUUCAGUUAAAAAGAUCUUAAUUUGUCUUAGUACUACCCCAAAGUUACUUCCUUUGUGUAAUUUUGUGGAUAGAGACCCAUAAAAGUGUUAUAGACCUGGUGACUUUUGUAUGAAAAAAUAUAAAGGGGAAAGAUCUCAUUAAGUCUUAAACUAAUUUAAAUUAAUUUAUCUGUGAGAAAUGUUUAUCAAAAAGAAUAUAUGUGUGUUUUUCCUCCCCUUUAGUUAUGAUGGAAAUGAAUGUCAUUGGGAAAAUGUGUGCGGAUGCGCAGGAUUUAAUUUUGCUAGAUUGUCUUUAAUGAGAUUUUAUGACUUUGUCUAUGGUCGCUUUUAAAGACUUGUUAAAAUGUAUCUUGUUAUGUUUUGUAUCAUCGGCCUUUUGAAGAGGCUAGUAGUGUUAUUCUGCCAUCAUGAUUGGUUGGCGACAAGAUGCUGACAAAGGCUUCAACAGUUUUUCACAAUGCCCUGCAUCAGGCCAAAGAAGCUGAAAAUAAGCAAUCUGUGAAUAUAAAUUCAGUCCUCUGAUGCAGAUGGAGCAGACCCCUGACUUUGCCACCCUUGUACUGUGGUUGAGCAGAUUAAGAGUGUAUUAAUCUAAGCUCCAUUUUCAGCAUCAAUAGUUCCUAAAUAUUUGUAUCUCGGGAAGGAAGCAUCAAGCUUCUUUCCAAGCAUGCAGCUUGCUCACGUGAAGGUCCAAUGCGACUUCCAUCACAAGAAAAUGAGAAUGAAAUUGAAUAUAAGAAGAGUUAGGACAUUUGCUCUAAACUAUUGCUAACCUACCGUGGCAAACUAAGAAAAACCAUUACAAUAGCGACUACCUCUUUCAGUUUCCUAUUUCUUAACAAUAUGGCUGACAAGUAUUAUCAGAUUGACUUGAAUUUGUAUAUUACUCUAGUGAAUGAAUUAAAUAACCAGAGACCAAAGUGAACACAAUAUCUGUGUGUCUUAAAUAUUGUCUUUUUAUCUAGUGUUUUUAAACCUGUCCUCCAUAGAAUAUAGAUUACCUCAUGGUCCAUUUUUAAUUCAUUAUGUUGUUUACAUAUUAUAAAAACAAGUCACUUGAAUUUUGGGGUCUUUUAAAAAAGAAGACAGUGAUGAGGGGGGUUGGGAAAGAUCAUGUUUCCACCUAUUUACUGUCUCUGUCUUGUUGGAACAAAGCACUGAUUGUCUUUAUAUAUAUCCUGUAUUUUAUACCUUCAUCUAAUGCCUAUUGCUGAAUGUUUAUUUCUAUCAAUCAUCCAUUUGUGACUGAGGUUUAA